AUGGAUCAGCUCCCUCUUCUUGGGAGCGGCCCCAAAGCCGCAGCCAUUACCCCUUCCUUCGUCGCAACGGAUCAGUACGCCGCAUCCACAUCAGCUUCACCACCGGAAAAGGCGCCGCCGGCAGCACCGCUCCCGGCCCCGGAACACCAUGGAAAGUCCAGCCACAACAGGAGAUCAUCUGACACGAUCAAGGCCAAGAUCAUGUCGCAUCCUCUCUAUCCGGCUCUCCUCGGAGCCUUCAUAGACUGCCGGAAAGUCGGAGCGCCGCCGGAAGUCGUUGGUCGGCUCUCCUCCCUCGUCGACGAGCUCCGGCCAAAUUCAGCCGGCAGGCAGGAACAGCCGGCGGACCCAGAGCUCGACCAGUUCAUGGAGACCUACCGUGAUAUGCUGGUGAAGUACAGUCAGAAGCUCACGAGGCAAAUCCAAGACGCCAAUCAGUUCUUGAGGAGCAUUCCGUAG